AUGGAGCCACCUGACGUGGGGCCUGACUGUUAUCAAACAGGACUACAUCCUAUUUGCAGCGCAGAUGAAGUGAGCCGGCGCAUGGGAUCCCUGUGGAGGAAGAUCAGGCAGGCCACAGAGUGCAAAAUGCUGUGGGUCAGCAGCACUCGCUCCAGAGGCCAGCUGGAUGUGGACGCCAUCAGGGACUCAGAGGCUCCCAUUCCCGACAAAGAGAUAAACGACGUCAUGAGGCGUUCGCUGGAAAAGCGAGAAGAGGACAAACCUACUAACGAAUCCUCCCGGCAGCUCAGACUCCAGGACGACACCUCGGAAGAGCCCAGCAGCCAGGAGAGCAGCAUAGCAGUUGUGCUGCCUCAGGAACCGAAAGAGCAAAAACAACAGCUUGAACUCAUCGCUCCCACUGAGGAGCAAGUCGAAAUCAUCAAGGUUUACCUCGAAGCUCGCCCGGAGACGUCAGAGAGCGUCAAGAUGCUGACGGACGAGGUGUCGCAGAUUCAGGAGGUGAGAUAUUGUCUGAAGACCCUAAGAGAGCAGAUAGCUGCCAGACAAAGCAGCAACAACAACAAGUAUCCGGCCAAUGGCAUCACAGUCAACAUACCCAGGAGCCAAAAACGUGUCACCAAUGGCAACGCCGUCCUACCUGAUGCCCAGGUCCGGGACGAUCAGGAGGAGAGCGGGAAGCUCAGGGAGGCGACCAAGCGCCUUUAUGCGCAGCUGAAGGAGAUGGAGAGGCAGCAUCAGGAGGAGAAGGACAGGCUGCAGGCUGAGUCCAGGGAGUCUCGCGCCCGCCUCGCUGAGCAGUCGGAGCGGCUGGAGAGGGCCGAGCGGCUGUCGGAGGAGAGGGGUCAGCGGGUGGAGGAACUGCAGAGGCUGUUGGGGGGCAUGGAGACGGAGACCGGCGUUCUGAAGGAGAAGUUGGCUGCUGGGGAGGAGGAACUGCUGCAUCUCCAGGCAGACAGAGAAGAAGGGAUGGAGGAGCAGCAAAGGUGUGCAGAGCUUGAAAAGGAGGUGGCUGUCCUGAAGGAAAAGAUUCAUCACCUUGACGACAUGUUAAAGAGUCAGCAGAGGAAAGUCCGCCACAUGAUCGAACAGCUGCAGAACUCCCGUACGGUCCUCCAAGAGAGGGAUCGAUUCAUCAGAGAUCUGGAGGAAAAAGUGGCUUUCCUGGAAGCUGAGAACAGGGAAAUGCACGACCAUAUGGAGUACUUCCUGGCAGGUCAGGACCCUCCACCUCCAUCAAAUGAGAAUAAGCCAGAGAUUGUUUACAGCAAACCCCUCACACCAACGACACAGACCAACAAAGCCCUCCCGUUCAUCAAAGUCAUUGAGAUCAAGUCUUGAAUGGAGCAGCAACCAAAGAAAUGACUAGAAGAAAAAUACUGUGUAAAUUCAUAUUUAACCCCUCCCCCCCACUCCAGUGAAUGAAUGCAUCUGUAGUGACAAGAAAUUAAUAUUUUGGACCUCA